CUAAAACAGACUCCAUCUCUAAAGCUAGAAUUUGGUUUCUCUUUGGCUGAAUAAUACUACCAACGAUAUUCAAUAGAAUUUUUAGUAGCAGUAAUAAUAUAAUAAUAACACCAAAAUGCCUCCAAAAUUUGAUCCAAAUGAAGUUAAAUUCUUAUAUUUAAGAGCCGUUGGUGGUGAAGUUGGUGCUUCAUCUGCUUUAGCUCCUAAAAUUGGUCCAUUAGGUUUAUCCCCAAAAAAAGUUGGUGAAGAUAUUGCUAAAGCCACCAAAGAUUUCAAAGGUAUUAAAGUCACUGUUCAAUUGAGAAUUCAAAACCGUCAAGCACAAUGUUCUGUUGUUCCAUCUGCUUCAUCUUUAGUCAUAACCGCUUUAAAAGAAGCUCCAAGAGACAGGAAGAAAGUUAAGAACAUUAAACACAGUGGUAACAUUGCAUUAGAUCAAAUUAUUGAGAUUGCAAGAACAAUGACUUCAAAAUCAUUUGGUAAAAAUUUAACAUCUGUUACUAAGGAAAUUUUGGGAACUGCUCAAUCUGUCGGUUGUCGUGUCGAUGGUCAAAACCCUCACGAUAUCAUCGACGGUAUCAACAGUGGUGAUAUUGAAAUUCCUGAAAAAUAAACUAAAUUAAUGUAAUAUUUAUUAUCUUUUAUAGGUUGUUUAAUUAAUGGAAAUCACAAAUAUAUUUAUGUCAUGGUC